CCCUCAAAGAAAAUAAAAACUGCAGCAUCUAGGGUUUUAGACAAAGCGAAAACAAAAACCCAUAGCAAAACCAAAAGGAAAAUAGAAAGAGACAAUGUUUCCAGGAAUGUUUAUGAGAAAACCAGACAAAGCAGAGGCUUUGAAGCAGUUGAAAUCACACGUGGCCAUGUUUGGUGCCUGGGUUGUUGUGCUCCGUGUCACUCCUUAUGUUCUUCAUUACCUCUCCGAUGAAAAAGAUGAGCUCAAGCUCGAGUUCUAGAUCCAUUCUUUCUUUCUUUCUAAAGUGGUCCUGGAGGAGACGAAUUCUUUUGAGAUGAAGAUGAGUGUCUGACCUUCUAUCUAUUAUCAUUCUUUUUCCUUCAGAUGAAAGUAUGUGAGGUUAGCUUGUCCUUACAUUAGGUCAUCAUUUCUAGCUGCUUAUGAUUUUGGAGAUUCAUACUUUGAUACUAUAUAAUGGCUGAUUAAGGAUUUAAUCCAUGGAAUGUACUUUGGUUUCAUUUUAGUAGCAUAGAAAGAAUUUAUUUCUGUGUUA